CAUCGCAGAUCGCAGAUAUGAGCGGCUCUGUUUGCUUUAAGCGGCCAAGCCAAGAACAAAAUGAAUCCGGACGAAGCCGCGUCGCUCACGUCGGUGUGUGUGCAAUGUGUCGUGUCGCCGUGGUUUGUGGUGCUGUCAGUGCUGUUCAGUGUCGGUUUUGAACCAUAGCUUGCGAAACAGAGCUAAUGAAACCGUUGCAACGCGUUUGAAAACACCAGUCUAAGAAGGUCACCUUUGAACAGGGUUUUCACUGACUCUGCGUGAAUAAGGCCCCAGGUUUGACCUUCCGCUACCGCCUCACCGCGAGUCAACAAAAUGCGGCGAAAGUGUGAGACACUACUAGUUCGUCACCUGCCCAGCUCGUUAACUGAGUCCGAAAAAAUCGAUCUCCUCAAGUUCUUCGGCGCGGACCGCGUUAGCUGCAUGCGCCCGACCGGAAAACUCCGCCACACCGCGUUCGCCACCUUUCCGACGCAAGAAGCAGCCGAUCAGGCACUCAGCCGACUGCAUCAGGCUGAACUCCUCGGCAGCCUAUUGGUCGUCGAAUAUGCGUCCCAAAAGCAGGCCGACCGCCACUUCCCGACGAAAUUUGACCGGUUCCAAGAAGGGACCGGCGCCACUGGUGACUCGGACACGACUUCGAAGGGCGACUUCAAAUCCAAGAUGGAGGAGUUCUCGCUCAAGUUGCACUCGCUCUCCGCCGACCUGGGUCUUGACUACGUCCUCAACCCAAUGCUGCGCUACGCCUACCCACCGCCUUCUCCAUCCACGGUGGCCAACAUCGCGACCAUGCUGAUCUCGGUGCCCAAGUUCUACAACCAGGUCCUGCACCUGAUGAACAAGAUGAACUUGCCGGCGCCUUUUGGACCGCUGCUGCCUCAGCCGCCCAUGAUGCAACAUGUCUACGCCAUGCACCAGUGCCUCGCUCCUCAGGAGGACGCAGAGGAGGAACCCGAAUCAAGCGAAGAGGAAUCCGAGAUGGAGAGCGACGGCGACAGCUCGGCGCUGUUGGCCUCCCGACAGGUUCCGCUGCCGCAGAAACGCAAGAAGGCGCCUAAGGUGAAGAGACCCAAACUCCAGAAGCUUCUGCCCCCCCAACCAAUCCAGCCGGAUGCACCCAAGGUCGCUGAAGUCUUUGACGCGGUCGCCGACGCUUCAGCCGCCCCCAAACAGAUCCUGUUCAACAUCAAGCCGAAAGAAGCUGUACUGAAUCCGGCUUCAUCUGCCGACGGUAGCCGGGUGGAGUCGAGUGGGGGCCCGGUCAUCGUGGAGGAAGGCGGGUUUGGCUUGUUGGCGUCUCAGCCAAAGCCUGCUCAAGCCGAAGAGGAGCAGCAGGAAGAGAACCUGUACGACUGGUUCGGCACGGCAUUCAUGAGCCAGCGGGAAAUCAGAGAUGGCAGGAUUUCGUCAGAGGAGAUGCGAAAGGCAUCGGUGUUUCGGAACUACGAGCCCGGAAACCCGGCGUCGAGGCUCUACGUUAAGAAUGUGGCAAAAGGGGUGGAGGUCGAGGACCUGUUCAGAAUUUACGGAGGUUACGUGGACUUGAAGUCGGAGCUCGAGCGAUACACGUUUGACAUUCGGCUUAUGAAAGAAGGGCGUAUGAAGGGUCAGGCUUUUCUAACAUUUGCUAGUGAAAGCCAGGCCGAAAGGGCACGCAGAGACACCAAUGGCUUCUUGCUCAAAGGGAGACCACUUGUGGUCCACUUUGCCAGGUCCGCCAAGGCGAAGGGUCCAGCUGCCAACUGAAGGACACUUUUUGCUGGUUGGUGCCGGACAGACUCAGCAGCCUGUGCUCUUUUCUACAAGAGAAUGAUUCAUAUGGUGCACUGUCAUCCUGUUUUGUGAUGCCUGGUAGUGACUGCAGGGACAUCUACUUACUUUCCUGAAAACCUGGGCAUGAACUUGAAGUGGGUGAAUGUGCUGACCAUGAAAAAGAUUAAUGGCUAAAAAUAAAAGUGCCUUGCUUUUUGCUGCA